GAGGACGAGUCGAUCACGUUUACGCACGGACUCUUCGGACCGGCGUCGGGCCCCGACCAGUUCCGGCAGAUGGCUCGAAACAACUCGUACGCUCGACGGCGCAUGUCGCCGGCGUCGGAGCGGCGGCGCACGUUGCUGGCCGGCGCCGGCGGCGUGGUGCAGCUCCGUCGCCUCGCGAGCGGCCGGUGCCGCGUAUCUCGGGUCGGCGAGACGCGGCGCGCGCAGUACCGCGAGGAGCGCGACGCGAAGCGCCGCGAGCGGCUGGAACGCGCACUGGACGAGGCACGCGCGGCGAGCCAGGGGCUCGGGAAAAAUUUCUGGGCCCUCUACUACAGUGCCUGGGCCAUUUUCCUGGCCUGCCUCACGUCGCUAGCGUUUUGCGUGUGGUGGAGGCGGUAUCUUACUUUCGGGAAUCGCGCGCUGCUGCUCGUCCUGGGGCUCGCGACAUCUUACAUAGGCGAGCAAGUCGAGUAUGGACGGCCUAUAUUCGGUUAUGAUCUUGGAAAUUGGAUUCCCGGGCUGCUCGGUGUCGCCACGUGGACAGGGGUGCUCACUUGUCUUUUCGCUACGUUCGGGUGUUUUUCGGCGCCAUGCACCCUUGGCCUCUUCGUUUCGAGCCUGAGCUUCGAGCUGUGGCGGCGUAGGACUAUUGACUCCAGGAUGGGAGAGUGUGAGCCGGACGCAGAAGAUGAAUUGGAAUGUGUGCCCUACUUCAUCCUUAUCAUAGGCUUUGCCGUCGGCCAUUGGUGGCAGGGGCGCGUCGCGGAGGGCGCGGGGCUCUUCGCACUUUACGCCGUGGCGAUCUGGCUCGCUUCCCGUAGAGUUGGGGAGGGUUAA